AUGUUGUUUGUUUGGAUGACGGUUGGAAUAACAUCUGCAUUAGAUGUACAUCCUGAAAUAACAGAUGCUAUGGGCAUCCUUGGUGCAGCAGGUAUAAAAGGGAAAGUGGAAGGUGAAAUUCAGUCACAUACAAAAACAACUAAGGGUGGGAGAAACACUGCAGCAAACAUCAAAUUCAGUGCUGAUUUCCAGGCAGGUACAAAAUCAAAUCCAUCAGUAACAAGCGUGAAUGCUGAUGAUGGAGUUUCAACUUCCCAAAAAGGACACUAUGUAGAUGACAUCCUCAAGGAUAAGUCAGAGAAAGAUAAGGAACUGGAAGCAAAGUUGUACUAUGUCAGCAAACCAAUCAGAAAAGAUGGCAACAUGGUUGUCACUCUUGGUGUUCAUGUGGAUGAUUUGUCUGAGUUUACAAAACAAUUCGAUAUUGGGAUGUUGUUCAUCGAUGAAGCAAGAAAGACGUUUUCUUUUUCGGUGAAUUCGCCUGAUGAAUACAAGUCGGACCCAACUAUGUUUGAGGUUACGAUUCCAAUACCAGCAAAUGCACGAUUUGUUAGAUUUGUAGCAAUGCUUAAAGACACCAUAAAUUCAGAAGGUGAAUUCAUAGCAGAAAAGUUCUCAAUUGAUAGUGAAACUGGUGAGUUUACUGAGGUAGAAGAAGAUAGUAAGGAUAAUAAGGGCAGUAAGGAUGAUAAGAGCAAUAAGGGCAAUAAGGAUGGUAAAGACGGUAAGGAUGGUAAAGAUGAUAAGGGCAGUAAAGAUGGUAAGGAUACGGAUGUUGAUGGCAAAGGCAAUGGAAAGAGUACUGAUGAUAAGGAUAAGACCGAGAGUACCACACCAGACAGUGGAGUACAGGAAACAGAAGUUGGUGAAAAUACCGGAAAAGGCAACAAGGAUAAUGGUACUGAAACGUCUAAGAAUUAA